GUGUGUGCCGACAGUUGACCGUAGUCAAAAGCCGAUUACAGCUUAUCUCUUCUGUGCCAUUCCGCCCUCGUCUAACUUGAGGCUUCUCCAUGUCAUCGCCCAAGUUGUGAGCGAGCGCCAUGGAUUCCCCUUCGGCGUCUCCGGGCGUGAGGAGCUCCGCGGACGCUGUGCUUGCGCCAGCGGGGUAACUUUUACGCACGGCUCGGCGCCCUUGAGCCCCCCCCUCACCUCCCUUCCCCUGCAAGGAAACUUUUCCCACGGAGAUGGCCACGCGUUGAAUCGAAGAAAAAGAAGUUGAAAAAGAGCAACCGAGCCGCUCUUACGAUGCAGAAGAGCGUGCGUUACAACGAGGGCCACGCGCUCUUCUUGUCGGCCGUAGCGCGUAAAGAGGGCACCAAACGCGGCUUCCUAAGCAAGAAGACCGCUGAGAACAGCCGCUGGCAUGACAAGUUCUUCGCUCUUUACCAGAAUGUCCUCUUCUACUUCGACAAUGAACAGAGCGCACGCCCCGCCGGGAUUUACCUGUUGGAAGGCUGCACCUGCGAGCGCGCACCCGCACCCAAAAUGUCCACCACGGGGAAGGAAGCCCUUGAGAAACAGCACUACUUCCUCGUGGUCUUCGGCCAUGAUGGACAGAAGCCUCUGGAGCUGCGAGCGGAGGAGGAGGUCGAGUGCGACCAAUGGGUGGAGGCCAUUCAGCAGGCCAGUUACUCCGACAUCAUCAUCGAGCGAGAAGUGCUGAUGCAGAAAUACAUCCACCUGGUGCAGAUCGUGGAGACAGAAAAAGUGGCGGCCAAUCAGUUGCGCACACAACUGGAGGACCAGGACACCGAGAUCGAGAGGCUGAAGGCGGAGAUCAUUGCUCUGAACAAAACCAAGGAGCGUAUGAGGCCUUAUCACGUCAACCAUGAAACAGAAGAUCCGGACAUCAAAAAGAUCAAGAAGGUGCAGAGCUUCAUGCGGGGCUGGCUGUGUCGCAGGAAGUGGAAGAUCAUCGUGCAGGACUACAUCUGUUCUCCUCAUGCCGAAAGCAUGAGGAAGCGGAACCAGAUUGUCUUUAACAUGGUGGAAGCAGAGACAGAGUACGUCCACCAGCUCUACAUCCUGGUCAACUGCUUCCUCAGACCUCUGAGGAUGGCCGCCAGCUCCAAGAAGCCCCCCAUCAGCCACGACGACGUCAGCAGCAUAUUCCUCAACAGUGAGACCAUCAUGUUCCUGCAUGAGAUUUUCCACCAAGGCUUAAAGGCCAGGAUCGCUAACUGGCCCACUCUGGUGCUGGCCGACCUUUUUGACAUCCUGCUGCCCAUGCUGAACAUCUAUCAGGAGUUUGUGAGGAACCAUCAGUACAGCCUGCAGGUUCUGGCCAACUGUAAGCAGAACAGAGACUUCGACAAGCUGCUCAAACAGUACGAAUCCAACGCCGCCUGCGAGGGGAGGAUGCUCGAGACCUUCCUCACCUACCCCAUGUUCCAGAUCCCUCGCUACAUCAUCACUCUGCAUGAGUUAUUGGCACACACGCCUCAUGAGCAUGUGGAGCGCAAGAGCCUCGAGUUUGCAAAGUCCAAACUGGAGGAGCUGUCCAGAGUCAUGCAUGACGAAGUGAGCGACACUGAAAAUAUUCGUAAGAAUCUGGCCAUCGAGAGGAUGAUCGUGGAGGGCUGUGACAUCCUGCUGGACACCAGCCAAACCUUCGUCAGGCAGGGAUCUCUUAUCCAGCUGCCAUCGGUCGAGCGAGGCAAGCUCAGCAAGGUGCGACUGGGCUCGCUCUCCUUGAAAAAGGAAGGGGAGAGGCAAUGCUUCCUGUUCACAAAACACUUCCUCGUCUGCACGCGCAGCUCCGGCGGGAAACUGCACCUCCUCAAGCAAGGCGGCGUCUUAUCCCUCAUUGACUGCACUCUCAUCGAGGAGACAGACGCUGGGGAUGAAGAAUCCAAAGCUGGAGGACAGGUGUUUGGUCAGCUGGACUUCAAGCUGGUGGUGGAGCCGGCUGAUUCGGCUUUGUUCACUGUGGUGUUGCUGGCGCCCUCGCGGCAGGAGAAGGCGGCGUGGACCAGCGAUAUUAGCCAGUGUAUAGACAACAUCCGCUGCAAUGGCCUGAUGACCAGCGUCUUUGAGGAGAAUUCCAAAGUCACCGUGCCUCACAUGAUCAAAUCCGAUGUGCGUCUCCAUAAAGAUGAUGUUGACAUUUGCUUCAGCAAGACGCUCAACUCCUGCAAGGUCCCGCAGAUCCGCUACGCCAGCGUGGAGCGUCUGCUGGAGAGGCUGACCGACCUGCGCUUCCUCUCCAUUGACUUCCUCAACACCUUCCUGCACACGUACAGGAUCUUCACCGCCGCCAGCGUGGUCAUGGACAAACUGGCCGACAUCUACAAGAAGCCCUUCUCCUCCAUUCCCAUCAGGGCGCAGUACCACUCAUUUGACCGUCUGUCCAUCUCAUCCGUCUGUCCCGACUACGGUCUGAAGAUCAAGAAGAUAGCCCUGGAUCCGUCCAAGUCCUUGGAGUUGUUCUUCGCCACGAACCAGAACAACCGAGGCGGCGAGCACAUGAAUGACAAAUCUCCUCGUCUCUGCCGCAAGUUCUCCUCUCCCCCUCCUCUCUCCAUCUCCCCGCGCACUUCCUCGCCUGUGCCCGCCCGGAAGCUCUCCCUGCACUCGCCAGUCAGCGGCAGGGUGGGAGGGCUGGACCUAAGCGGCCCUCUCUCCGGCCUAAACCACAACACGUCCCAAUCGGCCGCCGGCAGCCCCACGUCGGUCCACACCCCGCAGACCCCAACGCCGACCACCUCCUCUCCGCCUCCUCCUCCUCCUUCCUGCACUUUUCCACCACAAGACCAAGUGCCUCCCAUUCCCUCGUCUCCCGAGCAGACUCCAAGCCUGAGCACGGAGGGGGAAGACGUGCCCAAGAUUGACCCUUUUUGUGGCAAACUAAGACGGAGCAUACGCAGAGCUGUCCUGGAGUCAGUGUCCCUGGAGAAAAUCAUUCCCGAGUCUCCCCAAGGCAGCGAAGCAGGAGACAUGUCCCCAUGUCGCUCGCCAUCCACACCGCGACACCUCCGCUUCAGGCCACCGGGAGUCCAGUCGGGGGAGAACUCCCGCUGCGCAGUUUCUCCUGCCUCAGCUUUUGCCAUCGCCACCGCAGCAGCAGGGCAUGGCACACCACCAGCGUUCAACAACCCCGAAAGAACUUGCGAUAAAGAGUUCAUCAUCCGACGGGCUGCAACCAACAGAGUUUUAAACGUGCUGCGGCACUGGGUCUCCAAGCACUCACAGGACUUUGAAAUGAACGGAGAACUGAAGAUGUCAGUCAUCUGCCUCCUGGAGGAAGUCCUCCGAGACCCGGACCUUCUGCCGCAGGAGAGGAAGGCCACUGCCAACAUACUCAGUGCCCUCUCUCAAGACGAGCAAGAUGACGCCCAGCUGAGGAUAGAAGACAUCUUACAGAUGGCAGACUGUCCCAAGGCAGAGUGUUUCGAGUCUCUGUCUGCUAUGGAGCUGGCUGAGCAGAUCACGCUGCUGGAUCACAUCGUCUUCAGGAGCAUCCCUUACGAAGAGUUCCUGGGCCAAGGCUGGAUGAAGUUUGACAAGACAGAGAGGACCCCAUACAUCAUGAAAACAAGUCAACACUUCAAUGAUAUGAGUAACCUCGUGGCGUCGCAGAUCAUGACCCACACCGACGUGGGCUCCAGGGCCAGCUCAAUAGAGAAGUGGGUGGCCGUGGCCGACAUCUGCCGCUGCCUCAACAACUACAACGGCGUCCUGGAGAUCACGUCGGCGCUCAAUCGCAGCGCCAUCUAUCGCCUGAAAAAGACCUGGGCGAAAAUCAGCAAGCAGACUAGAGCACUGAUGGAUAAACUGCAGAAAACGGUGUCCUCGGAGGGAAGGUUUAAAAAUCUGAGGGAGACCUUGAAAAACUGCAACCCUCCGUGUGUGCCCUACUUGGGAAUGUAUCUGACAGACUUGGCCUUCAUUGAGGAGGGAACGCCCAACUUCACAGAGGAGGGUCUUGUCAACUUUUCCAAAAUGAGAAUGAUUUCACACAUUAUCAGAGAGAUCAGGCAGUUCCAGCAGACGCCCUACAGGAUAGAGCAUCAAGUUAAGGUGACCCAGUACCUCAUGGAUAAGACGCUGAUCAUGGACGAAGAUACUCUCUAUGACCUCUCGCUGAAGAUUGAGCCCAGGCUUCCUGCCUGAUCAAUAACGGCCUUUGGCGAGCGGGAGCCUGCCAAACUUGGACCCCACCCACCCCCCAAUGAGGUCCACGCUAUCAUGUGAUGUCAAGCGAUCGAAUGAAGAAAAAGCCUGGGAAAGCUUUUACGAUUGUAAGCGUAAUGCUGGGAACACUUGAUUCGAGCGACUGGGCCGAUGGUCCUCAAGGACGGCAUGAGGGAGAUGAGCUUGAGGGUUUUGAGGAAACGGUGUGCCGCGCCGCCGCCCGCAUUCGCCAUUCCUCAGCGUGGUGCCGCUCGGUGGACGGAGUGGAUCGAUCGAAAUGUAGCAUACUGAGCGGGCGUGACAGCGAGUUACCUUAGCUAACGUCUCCGUGUUGUCGUCCGCGUUGUGUUGCGCUGCGUCCAUGUGCAAGAGCCGACGCCCCCCCAAAAAUGCUUUCUUCUGCAUGAUUUCAGUUUGGGGGUGUAAAUGUCUACAUGGCUUCCAGCUGCAUCUCUGACUCCAAUUUAACACUAUACAUCCUCGGUGGGCUGGGUAGGGCAUACAUGCCCUAAACCCAUGAAAUAUAAUUGAACGCGGGGGUAUUGAACCUGUUUAUACCACAGGCCACAUUGUAGUUGGGGUAAUGAUACAGCUUGGUUUUAAAUUCAAAGUUUGGUUCACAUUCAGAGCUGUAAGGGAAUACUGUACAUUGCAAAACAAACCCAAACCAGAACAGAUUUAAUGACAGCUUCUUAAAUCUUUUCUUUUUUUAGGACAUCUAAACAUCAAUUGUUUUACAUAGAAUGAAUU